GAUAAUUUUGAGUGUCUGACUGUGUUAUUAUGACGCUUCCACUAUAAAGUCAGGAAAUAGUAACAGAGAUCAUGGAUGGGCACAAAUAACGCUAACCUAAUUAAUAUUUUGAUGCACGUAAACAAGUUAUUUGUUAAAUCUGUGUUAAGCUUGAAAGGAAACAUUUUGAAGAAAACAUUAUCACGCCGAAAUAGGAUGUCUCUCAUGACAUGAUAGCAUGUCUAGAGCGACUGGCUGUUUCCUUCUUAUAAGCAUGGGCCACCCCCUUCACUGUGCAAAGUGUUUUGUUUUGACAUCAUUUGGCCUACCAUGUGAUAGGAAAAUGGUGUGUAAAUUCAGGAAGGAGCGGGCGGAAGUAGCCUGCUUUGACAGUUGCAAUUUAGUGAGUUUGCGCGAGUUGCCAGUUAGUUGGGGCAAAGGUUUUCGCAACUGGACUAGAGCGGUGAGGUGGUGAACCAGCAAACUGUCCGGCUGUGGAUGAGUGUCGCGCGAAAAGUCCUGUCUUCAUGGCAACGACGUGACAGUGGCUUACGGGGGGCAUUCUGAAAAUGGGUACCUGUUUAAACAUCAAUGCAAUGCGGGCAUCAAUACGAAAAGAGGAGACGGCGAGGGGUGCGAAAAUGUCCCACUUCUGGACAUUGGCUGUUAUACUUUUUAUUUUCACAUGGGCCGGAGUACACCCCCAGGAUGCAAAUCGCGUGGUGUUUUCGCUCGGAACCUUCCUGAACGUGACCGUUCCGCGGAACACGACCGUGCAGGCAGUGGUGUCGAGGAUCCCCCGUGAUAUCACACACAUCACCGUUCAGUUCCACACACGGAACCACAACACCACGCUGUCCUACACGCAGAUCCCGUCAGCAGGCUCCGCCCACACGGCAGUGGAUGCUGGCCUGCUCUCCCCGCUGCUGCCUCUGCAGAGAUCGCUCACCUGGUUCCUGCUGUCCCCCGACAGUGACCCUGUCGCGGGCGUGGGGGUCAUCCUCCCCUACCGAGCCACAGACCCAGUUCCGGGAGGAUGCAGUCUGGGAUAUGACCUUGGAAUCGACCCCAACGUCCACCUGAGCUACAGCCUGUAUGAGACGAGCGUCCACUUUGCUGCCGCCAAUACUGGAUAUGCCAGGGGAGCCCCUCCCCCAGCAUGUGAUGUCACACAGGGGCGUCUGGAGUACGAGGUCUACCAGUACUUCCUGCCGGCCGGGGACCUGUCUGAGCAGUCCCUCCUCUACCACAUCCAGAUAGCGGCCAACAUGCGGAGCAUGAAGGAUCAUGGGAAAAUAGUGGCGACGCUUUCUAUGGCCAAUGGGACGCCGUUGUCCUUUGGCUCCGCCCCAGGUCAGGGGGUCAUCUACUCGGUGAUCGUGCGGGACGUGGUGCUGAACACGUCCGCUAGCUACGUCCCCGCGCACACCUACGCCUGCAGCUUCUCCUCUCUGCUCGACGGCUGCCUGACACUGGGAAAAAUUUCCACUAAGGUGUUCUUCACACUGUGCGGUGUAGGCGGACUUUUUGUCUGUUUCUUCGGGCACCGUUUCUUCAAAUGUGAGCUGUUCUACAUGGGAUAUGUAUUUGGAGCUUUUGUCUUCUUCAUUUUCAUCACCAGAACAGCAAUUCUGGACUAUGACAUCCGAUUGGCCCUGACGGCGGUGAUGGGCGUGGUGGGCGGAGUCCUGCUGGUGCUGAGCUGGUGGAGGUUUGGCUCGGUCAUGGCGUGCGUGGUGGUGGUGGGGCUCAUACUCGGGUUCCUUCUGGCUGCCAUCGUCUUCUACACUCCCCUGGGUGACUUGGCGGUCUUCCGCUCGGCGGUGGUCUUCUGGGUGACCUUCAGCUGCAUCAUGGUGCUGGUGCCUCUGUUCUUCGUGCGCUGGCCGAGAGAGGGGAACAUAGUCAGCUGUGGUGUCGCUGGGGCCUACGCGGUCGUGUUGGCGGUGAACGCGUACGUGUACACCAGCCUGUCCUACAUCACUCUGGACGUCCUGAAGCGCUUCCUCAACACCGGCUUCAGCAGAGACCUCGUCACUGGGCCCCUGCGGGACGUGGAUUUUGGGAUGAUCACGGUGUGGGUGGUGCUGGGCGUGAGCGGGAUCAUCCUGCAGCUGUACCGGGAGCGCGAGCGCCCCUUCUUCCCCCCGAGCCCGUACGUCAUGUGGAGUCAGGCCAGGGAGCGCCGCAAAACCAACGUGCUGGACCCCAGCCACCACGUCCCGCCGCUGCCGGGGCGGGUCCGGGCGCAGGUGCGGGGGCUUUUCCGAAAAAGCGAACCAGCAGAAGAGCAGACACCCCUCCUGCUGUGACUCCACCCCUGAGCCGGUCGAUGCCCCGCCUCCUGCUGUGACUCCACCCCUGAACUGGGCGAUGCCCCGCCUCUUUCUGUGACUCCACCCCUGAGCUGGGCGAUGCCCCACCUCUUUCUGUGACUCCACCCCUGGGCCAGUCGAUGCCCCACCUCCUGCUGUGACUCCACCCCCGAGCCAGUCAAUGCCCCGCCUCCUGCUAUGACUCCGCCCCUGAGUUGGGCUACACCCCUCCUCCUGUGACUGCACCCCUGAUGUCCUCUAGCGGAACUGGUGGACGUCCCACCCGCAGACAGGACUGCGUGGGUGAGCUGCUUUUCGGUUGGUUGGUGGAGCCUCUGGCAUCUGCAGCCUACACAGCAGGCCUGGAGCAGAGGGGCAGGAGCAGCAGGCCAGGGUAUCCUGCGCUGGGCCUGUCCGGGAUCGAUCGAUCGAAGAGUCGCACGCACGCCCCCGAGAUGGCUCGGUGUUUUUUCGUUUUUUAUUUAUUACAAAUAAUCAGCAUUAUGCCCCUAGGCGUGUGGCUUCUCGCCGUAAAACUGCUAACCUUUGACCUCAUGGAGAGCCAGCGGGCUUGUGGCGUGUCCGUUUUGUCUGCUCCAGUCUUUCUGCAAGCACAACGUGCCAGAACACAAGCUCUCUAUCCUAUUAAAACAAAAGCCAUUUUUAAAGCAACGCUUUAACACUUAAGUAUUGUGUUUUCUCUUAAGAGGUGUACCAUUAAUGUUUUUUUUCUGCAGUGUGAUAAUACUGUUAACAAAUUUACAACAGAAGUAAAGCUGUAGCUGGUAGACCACACUGCGAUGUGGACUUAAAGCUGAAAGGAGGAAGUGGAAUCCUUUCCUACUGCUGUGUGUAGAAACCAGAAGCCAUAAAAAUCAUAAUCUUAAUUUCAAAUUUUGCCCCUUUGAUAAACCACUUGAAUCGUAUGUAGUGUUCAUGCAUUUCCGAACACGUUUGUUCAGCUGGUGUUAGAAGCUUUUGAGAGCUGCCAUCCUUCAGAUAAUCAGCACUCAACAUAAAAUCAAAGUAUCAGUAGAAUAGGAGUGGAACCAUUUGUUGGACACCAAAGUAAACGCCCACACACCUGUCAAGUCCUGUCAACUUUAUUGACAUAUUUCACAUAGCAUUCAUCAACUUGGAACCAAAACCGCUCAAUAAAAAGUUCAGGUCUAGCAGUCCUUGAAAGAAUAUUUAUGAAAACUCAUGUACAACUUAAAACUUUAAUCUGCCUGGUGGCUCCUUUAAUGUGUUAUUUUUAAAAAAUAAAACGAUGCAACCACAAA